CCUGUCUGUUGCAUCCAAUUUCGCGAUUCGAGGAUGAUCUCUACCCCACGGAGGAGGAUACGGGUAAGCUCGCUAAGCACCUGUACGAUACGGUGCAGGGGCUGAAGGAGUUGGCAAAUGUGCGCGAAUCAAUCGUCGAGGCGUACAACGAGUGCCGGCAGAAUAUCGAUCUGCGACGGCAGGCUCUGGAAGCGUUCAUCCACGCGGAAAAGAUGUUCCAGGAUCAGCUGCUACUGCAGGCGCAGUACGAGAUGGAGGCGCAACCGCACGAGAAGGAGCGCAUUACCUCCAACAAUCAUCUGAUCCAGAGCAAGCUAGCCGAAUUGAUUGAGUGCAAGAGUAGCCUGGAGCAGGCGAUGGAACUUGGCAAGGAGCAAUUACGGGAGGGAGAGCGUGAGAUCAACAGCUUGAAGCCGGAUAUCAUCAACCUGACCAAGAGGAAGGACCAGCUGCUCGAGGUGCUGAAGCGGCAGGGCGUCACGGAUCCACAGAUCAAGACGAUCCUUACCGAGGGCUACCUACCGGUGGAAAAUCAAUCCGGCGAGGAAAUGCCGCAUCUGGACGAGACAACCUGGCUGUUGGAGGGGUGCAGCAGGCAAGAGGCAGAGGAGAAGCUGGCUAAGAAGCCGACUGGUACGUUCCUGAUUCGUCCCCGGAGCGCCGGUCACUAUGCGCUGUCGAUUGCUUGUAACGGUGCGACGAACCACUGCAUCAUCUACGAGACGGACCGUGGUUAUGGAUUCGCUGAACCGUAUUUCAUUUACGAAUCGCUGAAGGCCCUCGUUGUGCACUAUGCAAGCAACUCGCUCGAAGAGCACAACGAUAAUCUGCAGACGACGCUCAAAUAUCCGGUCUUUGCACCCAACAUACCUAGCACUUCGACUGGUGGUAUUGGCGGUAAUGGCGGUGGUAGUAGUAGCAGCGGAGCUAGCAGUAGUCAAGUGACGGGUGGACCAUCGCGAGUACAAACAGCAUCCGGCGGCGGUAGUGGUAUGCUAACCAACUUUCCAUCCUAGGCACAAUGAAUGGGUGUUUCGGUCCUCCGUGUCACUACUAUCUGCGCAGAUGAAGCAAAUAAUAUAAACCAGUUAUUCGGGUUAAAGUGCUCCGAUAUGAAACUUCUCAGGCAGCAAAGGAGGAAGAGAGCGCAAAGCGAGUGCCCCGUGAUCUAUAUUCUCCCUUUUUCCGCAUAUUUUAUUACUGUGUUUCUAUUAUAUUAACCACCGACAAACCGAUCAACCAGACGUCUGACCAGCAAACUAAUGAAUCGAUCGACCGACUGACCGAACGACCGACCAACCACCAACGACCAAGGAUAGGAUAAUUCCGCUUUUUCGUGUACAGUUUUUAGUACUUGUACUUCUAGGUAUACAUUACAGAGCAGUUUACAGGGAAUUCCUUGUCCAGUCCGAGACACUGCGUUUGUACCUCCUAUCAACUCCAUGAGUUAAAGCUGCAUCAACCUUGGGGCUGAUCCGUUUCAAGCAAGUACGAGGGAACUUCGAGCGCUAGCGACAGUCAAUGAACAGACAAACAGACAGACGCAAAAUUCACCGAGACACGAACACACAGACACACACGGGUGAUAACUGGGACGGAAACUGAAAAACGUAAUACGAUAAGCAACAACUUUAUGAUAAACUUAGAAUUCGAACUCAGUUAUUAUAAACCAGAUAAGCGUUGGGGUGAUAAACCAAGAUACACGAACACAUAAAGCCAAACACACACAAACACACACACACACACACACACAUACAUACACACAACAUACAAGUUAAAAUAUUAUCGAUUAGCCAAUUCAGCACAUCGAAAAGAAGGUGGUAUGAAUGGGAACAGAUAAAGGCGUAGAACGCUAGGCAUUGGCUACUCGAAGGAUAAUUUGAAACAGACUUGUACGGGUUAACAAUCUCUCAUUGAAACACAUACAAAAAACACACACUCACAGACACAUACACAUAGAGCACACUUAUAAUUUGAGGAUUUUCGAUUGUAACGUGGACGUUUGUGUUGGACCAACAAAGAGGAAAUGGCACUGUGAGGGUUCGAGGAUGCACAGAUACUUUCGUUAGUAAAGUAUCGCAUCUCUUUUGGUGGCGUUGGCUUGGUAGAGAAGGGGGGAAUUUGCGAGGGAAAGUUAUUUUAUUUUAUUUUUUGUUUUAGAAGAAGAGCGGCAACGGAAGAUAGAGAAAGAGGAAGAGAGAGAGAGAGAAAGAGAGAGGUUAUGUGAUACGAAAUCUCUAUGGGUAGGAAGGUCCUCGGGAGGAAUUCUACCUCCUCCUUUGGGAGUUGUUAGUAUGGGUGGCUUUGGGCGUUGUUAGUAUGGAGCAAAAGGAUGAAGAACGUUAUGCAUAGUCUUAGGUGGCAAGGCGAGAAAAAGAGACAAAACGAAUGAGUGUUUUAAGAUAUGUGUGAAUGUGUAGGAAUCAAACAAAUACAGCAUACCUGUGUUAAACUAUAAACUGUAAGAAUUCACAAAACAAGUGUAUAUAUAUAUAUAUAU